GCGAACACAACGUGUGUGUGGUCCAAGCGUUCGUAUGCUGGAUGCGGCUGUCGCGAACGUAGAAGAUGCAAGACGCUUUGUUCGAACGAAACGGAGAGCUUUCUCCGUGGCAGACUAUACUUACUCGGGAAAUAAUUGGUGUUUAGCUAUGAAACUCCGGUUGAUUUGUUGCUUUCUAAUUUUUCAUCAAGUAUCAUCGGAAUUGACGCACAGUUUCGCCGCCAAUUCCAAUAAUGAAAAUGAAACAUGGAAAAGUUUGGAGUUGAGUUCCAGGCACAGAAAUAAAGACUCCCAUUACCUGCUGGACAGGUAUUCCUUGAAUUGCCGUAGACCAGCAAAAUGUGUAGAAAUGCAGAGGAAUACAUGCAUGGGUACAAGAUUACCAUAUACUACUACUACCUUGGAGCUUAUAUCUGAGCAUGUAACCCAAGAUAUUAUAGAGGAGAGAUUACACGUAUUACAAGCAUUAAGACACAUGCCAAAGUGUUGGGCAGUUGUCCAGCCCCUUUUAUGUUCAAUAUUCAUGCCAAAAUGUAUUAAUGAUACGGUAGAAUUACCAUCUCAGGAAAUGUGCAAAAUGGUUUCAGGACCUUGCAGAAUUAUUUUUAAUUAUACGAUAUGGCCGAGUUUUAUCAAAUGCGAAGACACAGAAUUAUUUCCUGAAUUAUGUAAAAAUGAUAUCAGGGAGUUAAAGUUUAAUAUUUCUGGCAAGUGCCUGAAACCUUUGGUCCCAACUGACAAUGCGCUUGCAAUAUUUGAAGGAGUUGAAAGUUGUGGAACACAGUGCAAUGACCCACUUUUUACACCAGAUGAACAUAAACAAAUUCAUUCUUUUAUUGCUUGGGCUGCAGGAAUUUGUGGCUCAUUUAAUUUAUUCACAGUUGUAACGUUUUUAAUCGAUUGGAGAAGUGCAAAUAAAUAUCCAGCUUUAGUGAUAUUUUAUAUCAAUUGUUGUUUUAUGAUGUCCUGUAUUGGAUGGCUUAUUCAAUUUACACCAGGAAGCAGGGAAGUGAUUGUGUGCCGCAAAGAUGGAACAUUAAGGAUGAGUGAACCAAGUGGAGAAAACUUGUCAUGCGUGGUAGUAUUUGUCCUUGUGUAUUACUCCCUUAUGGCAGCUAUGGUGUGGUUUGUGAUUCUUACAUAUGCUUGGCAUAUGAGUUUUCAAGCAUUAGGCAAAAUCCAAGAUAGAAUCGAUAAGAAGGGUGCUUAUUUUCAUUUAAUUGCUUGGUGUUUCCCACUUGUUCUCACUGUUACGAUUAUGGCAUUAGGAGAAAUAGAUGGAAAUAGUGUUACUGGUAUAUGUUUUGUGGGUUAUGCUAAUCAUGCAGUCAGAGCUUGGUUUUUGCUUGGUCCUGUACUGAUUGUUUUACUGGUUGGAGGAUACUUUUUAUCCAGAGGAUUAAUUACUCUGAUUCGACUGAAAAUAAGUAGCCAAGAAAUAAUAUCUGAAAGGGCAAGUGCUAAAAUACGAGAAACCAUCGUGCGUAUGGGUCUAUUUUCGAUUUUCACAUUUACUGCAGUUGUUGUAACAUUUUAUUGCCACAUUUAUGAGUUUCAACAUUCUUGGGAAUGGCGUCAAAGCUUCAGAAAUUACAUGAUAUGUGCAAUAACAACAAAAUAUUUGGAUAUUUCUGAAUGUAAAAUGGAACUUCGACCGAGUGCUGCAAAAAUGCAGUUACAUUUACUUUCUCCAUUUUUUGCCGGCAUUCUUAUGUCCUCUUGGGUUUGGACUGGUUCAACUGUAGACACCUGGACUAGAUUUCUCAGGCGAACUUUCAAUUGUGAGACUGAAGAACCCAUCAGAUUAAAAAAACACAAAGUUAUUGCUCAAGCGUUUGCAAAACGGAAGACAUUCAAUAACGCUGGUCGAUUAUCGAUUAGUUUUCAUAACACACACGAGGAUCCUGUUGGUUUAAACUUUGAUCUAAACUCUGUAGCUUCUCAGGAUUUCAGUUCAACGUGGGCUGCUGCACUGCCAAAGUUAGUUACACGUAGAGGCGCGCUUGUUGGUGGCACUACUGGCUCUGUGUCUAGUAACAGAAGAAAUUCUGUGGACUCUGAGAUCAGUUUCAGCGUGCGUCGAGUGUCAGUAGAGUCUAGAAGGAACUCAUUGGACUCUCAGAUAUCGGUUCAAAUAGCCGAGCUGAAGACAACGCGAAAAGUUGCGAGCAGCUCGCGUGGUCGUCGCGGAAAGCGACGACGAGAUUUUGGAAAGUCAAGAUCCGGUAAAGUGGGACCACUGUUCAGAAGGGGUAGUACAACCUCGCAAGAAAGUCAGCUCGGUGCGCAGAUACUAUCCGCAUUAACCAUAGGUGGUAAUUCAAGAGUACCGCCGGUCCAAGUGCCUAAUAUGAAGAGACGAUCAGCAAGUGCUGGACUAGAUGAACGUACCCUAAACUCUAAAUUGUUCGAUGGAAAGAAUGCAGGUAUGCUUUUGCCGUUCUUAUUUCCAGGACAGAGUGGCAGCGAUGAGAAUUUAAGUAGCGAGGAAAAGCGGCACCAAGGAAUGUCAGGAAAAGACGUGGAUGUUGAAGUUGGUAAUGCAGAAAAGGAUGAUCAAGAUAGUGACAGCGAAGACAGUCAACCAGAGGAGGAAACAAAAAUGCUAGACCCUGAAGAACCACAGGAACGUAGCAAGAGCAAAAGCAGUAACAAAAGCUCCAAAAGUUAUGGUCAUGAAAGUGACAGAAGGAGUAGAGAGGGUCGCAGAAGCAAAUAUCUAUUGCAAGAUGAAACUAUUUUAAAACACCUAUUUCAAGAAUCUAGUGAUAUAAAAUUAAAAAAUGACGCAGAAAUAAAAGAAAUCUAUAGAAAAGCUGGAAUAGGCAAUCUGGCGUCUAGUCUUACCUCCUGCUGCCCUGAAUUAACAAGACUCAUGCAGUCUGAAGGACAAAAUACUAAUGCCCGAGAAAUGGCAACGCAAACUUCUUUACCAUUGGAUAUUCUGGAGAUGGAAGAGUUGAAACAAAGCAUAGACGAAAUUAUUAACAGUCGACAUUGCAGUUCAAAGGGUACGCAAAUUUCACCACAACUGAAUAAGAACAAAAAUAUCGCUACAUAA